AACGAUGGCUACUACCAAAAUAUUAAUUAUACAGGGUUAAUUGCAGUCAUCAAAAGUGGCACCUUUCAAAAUUAAAUUCAGCAGAAUGUCGAAAUCGAAUGCUUCUACCAGAAGCAAUUCGGUGGAGACUAAUGCUGACUGCGAAAACGAAUUGGUCAAUCCCAGGACCAACGUCCCCCCCAUCUUAGAAAACAGCUGUGGGCAGGAGACCAUACCUUCCAGUCCACCCCCUUCUUACGAACAUGUGCUAGAAGAGACCCGACUACAAUCUCAAAGCGAAGCCUCUUCGCCCACUGUUCCUGCCAAAGGACCAGAAAUAAUGCACAAAUCUAGCAAAGAGUUAUAUAGGGCAGUUGCAAAACAAUUUGGAAUCACUUGCAAGAUGUCUGAUCAAUGCAGGUGUUUUGACUGCCAAAGUCACUACUUCGACUGCGAGUAUGAGAAGAACGAACAAGAAAAAACAGACGGAGGACUAGGGGCGGGUACCCCUAUGUUCAUUUCAGAGGUUAUGCAUGGGACAGCAUGUGUCAUGCUAUAACUCUGCUACAGUUAGAUAAAAUUAAUUUUAUGGAAUCUAGGGGAUUUUUGGAAUGCGCAAAAUGAAUACAAGAGCAAGUUUUUUUACUUCAAAUAUCUACUGAUUUGAUUGAUCACGAGACAAGUCGUUCAUGUAGCAAUUAACUUCAUUUAUCAGGAUCAGCCAUAUUCGUCAAUGUUUUCAUGGGCCAACAAAAAUUACAAAACAAACUCGUAUUAGAAAAUUUGCUAGAUAUUUACAAACAUGUCUUGUAUUUGAAGAUUUUUCACGUCUCACAAUGCCACUAAUUAAAAGACGGUAAAUUUUGCAACGAUCGCUACAGGUCUAAUUUGAUACAUAGACUACUUUGCUUACCUACAUUUUUAUGUCGUGAAUGUUUUGUUAUGGUAGUUUUCAGAAUGACUCUACUAGGGCACAUUUUUCCCCAUUCGGCACUUAGAUUAUUAUUGGAUAAAUCCUAAUUAGUUAGAAACUAUGAGAAGCGUGCAAGAGAAAGGACUGAUGUAUCCGUCAAUUCUCUCUGCCUGCUGAAAAUUCGAAAAAAGAGUGUUUUUAUUGCGACCAUGGUAGGGCUGCUUUAUAAAUCAUAAUCAAUUGUACUAUAAUUAUAUACCAAUGCUUUCUGAAGAUCUCAUGGAAUGACUAGAAGGUAUUUCAAUUCAGAACAUACCUUUGAUCAUAUGAUAGGAAUAAAUAAGAAAUAGUUAAAGUAUCACCGACUUUUGUAAAUACACUCUCAUUAUAAAAACAUAAGUGGUAGCUGAAUUUGUUAGGUAUUUCAUCAGAACUACAGAAACUAUACAGGGUGAUUUGUCACAAUGAACUGUAAAUGUUCCGAUGUGGAAUUUGGAAAUAGACCUACUGAAUAUAAUUGAAAUAUCAAUAUGAAUACAAGAAAUAAACCGUAGAACUCUUAUUCUCUAAAAUCAUUUAGCUAGUGUGUUACUGUGUAUUUAUAACCUAUCUUGCCCUCUAUAUUCACUUGAUGGAAACCUGCGGACCAAAAUAUUAGAUUUUUUGUGAAAUGUAUGAAAUGUUUGCUCUUGUUAGUCAAUUCCAAAAAUAUCCUUCCAACUACGCUGAGCCUUUCAAAUAUAACUUUAACAAAAAUAUACCAUAAUUCAAUAGAUCUUUAAUUUUUUGGUCAUUCUACCAGCGGCCUUCAAAAUUUCCAUAUCACUGUUCCGAGUUAGAUUCAAAGAUUUCUUUGGUUUGAAACAAUGAAAUAAAGAAUAUAUUUCGAAGGUUCAGCUUUCUAUUCCAUAUGUUUACCUAUUAUAAUUAGUUUUAGUAAAUAUAUGGAGUGUUCAGAAUACUUCUUAUA